UCAAUUGUCUUAUUCGCUUUCGGCUACUCACUCACAUUCGAUAUGUAUAAGUUAAAGGCGUGCACUGUAUUAAUCUUUUUUGCCUUUGGUAACGCUACUUUUAUAGACAAAUCAAAUCUCACAAUGUUAACUUCUAAGGAAAUCGCAAUCUGGGAUAUGGAAAGACCUAACCAUGAGCUGACAAGUGACACUGUGGUUCGUAUAAAUGGCGGCCGGCCUGUAGAACAAAUCGUUCCGUACCAGGUAUCGCUGCAGGUACUCCGACGAGGACGUUAUCACCACUUCUGUAGUGGUUCUAUUAUCAGUGCUCAGCACGUUCUUACUGCCGCUCAUUGCUUAACGAAAUUGAAUCCGAAUGAGAUCAGUGUUGUUGUUGGUACAUUAACGUGGCGUUAUGGUGGUGAGCGCCAUGUAGUUGUAGCAAUGCGCUCUCACCCUGGUUUCUCGUCGAGUUCAUUAAUUAUAAACGACAUUGCAGUACUGAAGGUAUCUCCGGCAUUCAAUUUGGCCAGAACUUCAAUAAGCACAAUUUCGCUGGGUAGCCGGGCGCGUGUGGGCGAGAAGGUGGCAGUGCGUUUAACAGGCUGGGGCUCAAUUACGCCUACGGGAUCGAGCGGUCUGCCAGAGCGAUUGCAAGUGUUAGACUACCACACCAUAUCGAACCAAGAGUGUGCCCAACGUGGAUUCCGUAUAACAGCCAACGAGUUAUGUGCUCUCGGCGACAGAGGACGCGGCGCUUGUGUGGGUGAUUCCGGAGGCCCACUUACAGUAUCAAACGGCACACCACAGCUGGUCGGAAUCGUUUCCUAUGGCACCGCGACAUGCGCCCAGGGUCGCCCCGAUGUUUACACAAGAGUCUCAAGUUUUCUGCCAUACGUUAAUAGAGUAAUAAGCAGUGAAAUACCAUGAAGUUGUAAAACAUGCUAUUGUGGAAAUUAAAGCUUGAAAUUAGUGUUCAAACCGCA